GACUGAGAUGGCCUCGGAGCUGGCCAUGAGCGCGGAGCUGCCCACCAGCCCCCUCGCCAUCGAAUACGUGAACGAUUUCGACUUGAUGAAGUUCGAGGUGAAGAAAGAACCGGCGGAGGCGGAGAGGCUGUGCCACCGUCUCCCCGCCGGUUCCCUCUCCUCCACCCCUCUCAGCACGCCCUGCUCCUCCGUGCCUUCCUCGCCCAGUUUCUGCGCUCCCAGCCCCGGUGGGCAACCGGCUCCCGGUCCCCCAGCUACCACCGCCGCUUCCCUGGGCUCCAAACCGCAGCUGGAGGAGCUGUACUGGAUGUCGGGUUACCAGCAUCACCUCAACCCCGAAGCUCUCAACCUGACACCGGAGGACGCGGUGGAGGCCUUGAUCGGUGCCCCUCACCAUCAUCAUCAUCACCAUCAAGGUUACGAGCCUUUCCGACCUCAACCUUUCGGCGGCGAGGAGUUACCCCCGGCCUCCCAUCAUCAUCCCGGCCAUCACCACCACCAUCAUCAUCAUCUGCGCUUGGAGGACCGCUUCUCCGACGAUCAGUUGGUGAGUAUGUCGGUGCGGGAGCUGAACCGGCAGCUGCGGGGCUUCAGCAAGGAGGAGGUGAUCCGCCUCAAGCAGAAGAGGAGGACCUUGAAGAACCGAGGCUACGCUCAGUCCUGCCGUUACAAGCGGGUCCAGCAGCGGCACAUCUUGGAGAACGAGAAAUGUCAACUCCAGAGUCAGGUGGAGCAACUCAAGCAGGAGGUGACCCGCUUGGCCAAGGAAAGGGAUCUGUACAAAGAAAAAUACGAGAAGUUAGCCGGCCGGGGUUUCCCGAGGGAGCCUUCCCCAUCCGCUGCCCCCAAACCCACCGCCGACUUCUUCAUGUGAGCCCCAGGGUGGGGGGGUGUGUGUGUGUGUUUGGGGGGGGCAGGUGGGUGGGUGUGUGUCCCCUUUUUCCUU